GAGGUACACACUCGUUUUUGAGUACUUGUAAGUUCUCAACAUUCAUGGGAGUAGCCAUUCUCACACUAGUAUUCUCAUGAGAAACCAACACGUGGUUUGAGGUCUGAAAUUAACUCUUUCACAUCUUGGUAGAUUUGUAUAUAGACUUCUUCUCUGUCAAAGCUAUAUAUCUAUGGUCGAUCUAUGGUCGAUCAAAGGUUUUAUAUUUCCUCAAAAGCUUAAGAGUGUGUGCAGGCAUGUAUGGGAGUAGUCCCAAGGCUGGACUUGCUCAGAAAAAGAAGAAGCAGGCCAUUAGACGGCUCUCACAGACAGGCAGGAAAGGAUCAGGCAAUGUCGCUGGUGGUGGCCGAGGGAGGGCAAGACGCCCAUCUCAGCAAGGACAAAGCGCUACCCAAAAUAUGUCUCAACCUGGCUCUCAAUCAGGCCUGGAAAAUCCGUUUCUUAAAGCCCUUCCAGCAACAGACUCACAGGUGAAAACACUAGUGGUGAAAACAAACCAAGGAAAAGACAAUCCGUUCUUGAGUAGUCUUACCCAACGCAAGUCAGAAGAUCCACUACCAUCCAGUCGCAGAAAAGUGAAAAAAUUGACCGUUCCCCACACUAUGACUUUACCUAUUCGCAGUGCAACAGUGCCAUCCACCUCCUCUUCAUUAACUGGACACCCACCAGAUAUUCACUCUACUAGUGGACAAUUGAACCCAUUUCUAGCCCCCUCCCCACUCAAAGCAUCAAGCACUGGAAAACUCAAUGUACAUUUGUCAAUGCAAUCGGACACUAAACCAAAAGUCUCGUUUGAUCCAUCACUGGAGUCUCAAACUACCAGAAAACGUAGAGUACCGUCGUAUUCAGAAGUAGUCGCUGCUCAUACUCAGAGUAAACCGGCCACACAGCCACAACAGUACGCCAACUUGAAGACAUUGCAUAUUAAGGGUAUACCAAAUGAACUGAACACUUCUGAAAUAUUACGGAGUCAUUUUGCAAAGUUUGGCCAAGUCAAGCUCCUUAAGUGCUUUCCAGCAAAAAUGUUUGCCACUGUAGAGUUUGCUUCUCGGGAAGAAGCUGUUAUUGCGAAGAAAGCUGGGAAGAUUAUUUCACCGAAGCAUGAUCCACUGAUAAUAUUUUGGCAUGCAAGCCGACAACCAUCGUCUAGCACCCAGCCAGAUGUUCCAAUCAUCUCCUCAGGCAAUGAAACGAGUACAGACCCUAAAAUCAAGAAGCCAGUGAAACAGCAGUUGAAUCAACAGGGCGAUACUCAGCCCGCUAAAAAUUUUCCUUUGCAACAGUCAGUUCAAAACAAACCCAAGCAAUCGAAUGUGUGGAGCCGUUUGGGACCUGAGAAGAAAGAUGCUGAUGAAGAAUGGACACCUGACAAAGCUGAUGGUGGUGAUGAACAACAAAAUGAAUAUGUGGAUGAGGGCGUAUGUGAAGGGCCUAAUUUCAUACAAGAACUCGGUCUCAAAGUAACUGGUGAUGAAAUGGAUACCAUUGCUAGGUCAGCUGAUCAUCCGUACUUUUUACGCUCACUGAUGCAGCCUGAUACUGGCCCCUCUACUUUAACUCAGCCGCUAGCCACUGUUACCAGCACCGAUACUAAUACUAGUUUGCCUGAUUCUCGUCAACUCUACAACAUCCCCAUACCUGACAUACCUCUGCUGCCUCACACGCGUGGACACACUGCUACCGAGUGCUAUGAGAGUCUAGAUGCUAGGGAUCAACAGAUCAGGAAAGGCACUGUGAAAAAAACGGUGCUGUCUGAAGCCCGAGUGAUAGUGGGCACCUGCCCAGACUUGUGUCCCGAGAAGGAGAGGUAUCGAAGGGAAUACACGAGACGAUUGAGCUGGUUCGAAGUUUCCAGGGACUCUACUACAGGAGGACGUAAACCCAACGUCAACCAUAAGAAGGCUAUCAAAGAGUACAGUGGAUCUGCAGCUGACAAGGAGGAGCCUCUUCCUCAUGAUCUGAGACCACUCAGCGUGCUGCAGAUGACCAUGGAUUACCUGGUCACCAGGGUGAUGGACGAUUACCAGGAGAGGCCUGCAGACUGGUACGACUUUGUCUGGAACAGAACUAGAGGAAUACGAAAGGACAUAACUAUUCAGCAUUUGUGUACAGUAGAGAGCACAGAGUUGACUGAGAAAUGUGCCAGGUUUCAUAUUCUUUGUUCUUACCUGCUCUGUGAAGAAGACACCAACACGUUUGACCCUCGGAUGAACAGUGAGAACCUCAACAAGUGUCUCCUCAGUCUCAAGCAGUUCUAUAGAGAUCUGAGGGUGGAGAAGGGUGUUCUUUGUCCAAAUGAGGCGGAGUUCUGUUGCUAUGACAUCCUCCUGCAUCUCACUGACGGCAAUGUACUCGACUUGGUGACCCAAUAUUCUCCGUCUGUCAUAGACACACUGGCAGUGAGGUUUGCUAUAGACGUCGCUCUUUCCUUCGACUCAAACAAUUUUGUCAAGUUCUUCAAGCUAGCAAGGACAGCAACAUUUCUGAAUGGCUGUGUUCUUCAUCGCUACUUCAACUUGGCUCGCACUAGAGCUGUGGAAGUGCUCAACCGUUCUCAUACCUCCCAGAAGAGACCAACUAACUUCCCUCUCUCAGACCUUUCCAGAAUACUGGCCUUUGGAACCAAUGAAGAGGCAGCUGUGUUUUGCGAGCUGUCGUUUAAUCUGACGGUCCCACCUCCGCGGAAAACUGUUCAGUUCUUGCGAGGAGGCAUGACUGAGGGAGAGCAGAUGCCGGCACAGAAGAGCUACCAUCUUGUCGACUGCAAGAAUAAGAAACCACUUGGAGAGGUGGUGUAUGGGAAACCUCUCCCGCCCUUGUUCAACCAUACCCCUUUCUCGAGUUUCUCGUCAGAGGGUCUACCACUGCGUUCGAUUACCCCUCCGCCCCCUACCUAUGUCCCCCCUCCCCUACCACGUGAACCCUCGUACACAAAGGAGGACCUUAUGACGGCUGUGGAGAGUGUGGAGUGUGAGGCUGUGAGUGUGUGUGUGGAGGAUGUGGUAUUUGAGUGCCUGCGUGAAGAAAUAGACCUUUUGAGAGAGAUAGAAGAACUAGCCUGUAUCUUUAUACAAGAAGAGCUUCUACAUGAGUUGAUCAAGGCUGAGAGUCAAGAGGUGGCUCAGAAGGCUGUCUUGGAGACCCUGGAAGUCAAGGCAAUUAAAGACAAAAUGGCUGAAUCUGCUGUCAUAGAGGCACUUGAUGUUGUGUUGAAGGAGGCAGUUGAAGAGAUUAUUCAGACCAUCUAUUGGGACUGUGUGCUGACUGCCCAGGCAAAAGAGGCAGCUGUCAUUCAUCUCACUGUGGAGCUGGUGGAGGAGUGUGUGUGUGAGGGUGUGAGGGGGCUGGUCUGUGAGACACUCGAACAGGUCAAACACGAGAAAAAGGAAAAACUAGAGGCAAUCAGGCGGGAAUGUUUAUUGCAGCGUACACUCAAGUACUGGCAAAGAUGGCGAUUGUCAUUGAAGGCCAGGGAACAUGUUCGACAGUGUGCUUCCGAUAUCCCACCCCUCCCUCCUAUGAUGUCAUUACCAUGGCAACUGGACAUCCUCUGCCCACUUGAGAAACGACGAAAGGUAGAAGUCGCAACCUCAUUUGAAACUGCUGGGCAACUGGAGGACAGCAAGAAAGAAAGAGAUAAAAGACGACACGAAUUUUAUGCUCCGUUGAACCUGCCGCUAAUUCUCCAAGACUCCCUCCUGGCAUUCCACACCCCCUCACACCCCCACACUCCUCACAUCCACUGGAAGCUCGCGUUCAUCUACCCUCCACAAAGUACACUCCCCCCUUCUGAUAAGCACACUCUCAACUGGCUCUAUCGGAAACUCAAGACCGUUACUGGCUCAUCUGUUCCCAGCAAAAACACAGAACUGUUGGCUUUGUACUCUGCCCCUGUUCAAGGGGGUGUGCUAGACCAUUGGGAUAAACAGGCAACACGAAAGCUAAACGUAGCCGUACAGGGUAUAUGCUCUCACUGGAGAGGUGAAGUGAAUGGAGCAUCAGGGAUCAUGCUGUAUGCACAGUUGCCACAAGGAGAGAGCAUUCAGGAAUACAUUGAGAGUGUGUUUGAGAUGCUGGGUGUGGUGAUGAGGAGUCACAAGAGCUCCACUCCUGUACCCCUCUUGUUAGCCCACUCUAGGGAACUGGAGGACAACCACUUGGCAGCGUGGAUCUCUCUCAGAAGAGCAUUUGGAGACUAUUGUAAACAACCACAAUCGUGUUUGUCUGAUGUGGAGUGUCUCAAGUUGGACAUCCCCAGUUAUGUGCCACCCACGCAAACCACAGAGGAAGAAGCAGUGUGUACGCGUCUUCGCUGGCUUGUGGAGCACUCCCCAUCUCCGCCCACUCUGUUUCACACACCAGUCAAGGACUAUGUCGAGAAAGGUCUACUUGAUCUCUUUGUUCCACUGGUGGUCUCAGACAGCACUGCUCGGGAGAAGGCCACCCUCCCCUCUCAGGCCCCUGCCCCUAUUAUCAGUCUCUAUAAUUACAUCCUAGACCACUUGGCAACUGUUGCAACGGGAGAAGAGUUGGAGGAACUUGAUUGGCCAAUUCCUGAGUAUGCAGCACAAACAUUUACACAGAAAAGUUUGCCUCCGGUCUUCUGGAAUCGUCCUUCCUACUUGUCUAAGUUGCAGACGUGCCUGGCCAGCCUUCAGUUGCCCUCCCCUGCUCUCAGUCUGGGUCCACAUUGGACUGAGGCCGAGUGGUCCACUCAGUGUUCCCAGUGUCUCAACUAUGUGGCCUCCUUGCAGCUGCCUGGGUCCCCUCAUGGCUCUGUCACAUUGCUCUCAAGGAUCAAGGCCUUACUUCACCGCCAUCAUCACAUGUUUGAGUGUGGUGAGACUGAUGAACCAGAAUGCUGCGUUCCAUGGACUCAUGUGAUCCUCGCUUGUAUUGAGCACAUCCUCUCAUGUUUGGACUCAGAUCUUUGGGCAAGUACUCUCCAUAGCGUUAAACGGAAGUUUACCGUGCCUACAAGCUGGCUGAGAGCGCAGGCAGAGACAAGUCUUGCCACAGCUUCUCAACUCACUGGGCUACAGUCACCAAGGAAAAUAAGGCACAGAAGACAUAGAAGUGACCCUCCUCAUCUGACGGGGACGCCCCUACAUUCUUCAACUCAUUACCCCAGUCCCUCUCCUACCCCUAAGCCCCCCUCUAGUGUGGGUGUGUCCCCGUAUGGUGUACAUGGCAACACAACCAUCCCCUCCACUGUGUCCCUACAUCAUGAGACAACUGCUGUCCAAGUUAGGGAACUGACACAAAAGCUAACAUUGUUGCAAAUGGAGAAAGCCCACUCACAAAGGUUUGAGGCCCAGCUCCAGGAGUGGAUGAGCUCUACCAGUGUGCCCAGCCCACCUGUAGUGAGUGAGCAGGUUUCCAGUGAAGGUCGUCCGAAACCCUCCUCCUUAAGUGAAAAACUGGAAGAGCUUCAGGCUGGGAUCAGAACAGCCAGAUGGAAAGAGAAGGAAACCAAUACCUACCUAAGAGCUCUUUCAAGAACUUAAUGAAUUCAUUGUAACUGUACACAUAAUGAUCAUGUGCAUGACUGUCUUAUUGCGCGUUUGUACACUCUUGUGGCUGUCAUUACCACUUAUUAAAAUCAUUGUACAUUCCUUGAAAUAAAAUAAUUUUCGAGUAAUAA